UCAAUGUAUAUCACUUCUUCCCAGGAGUGACGCUGUAGGCCUAAGACUAGAUUACACUCUUUGACUGAAGAAGCACGUCUAACUUUUGCUCUUCGAGUCAUUUCGACUGAAGACACGUGCUUGUUUGUUGCUUAAAGGAAUAAACCAGUGCCAUUAUACCUAAUCUCUAUUGACCACAUCUGUAACAUAUGUGUGACUACCACGUCAACACGUUUCUCUGAACUAAAGAAAGAACAGAAAACCCCUUCACAUGAAACGUGUAAUGAAAGCCUAAGGGCAGUUGUUGGAUAAUGAAGCAAUAAGCCUCAAAACGCCAUGGUUUACAGUAAUUUUAGAACAGCUAUGGGGCAUUGUUAGGCACGAUGUGGAGUGGAGUUAGUUAUUGCCAAUUAAAUUAUGUCUUGCAAAUUCAAAACUAUCAACCAUUCCACUAACAAAUACACUAAAGUCUCAGAAAGAAACAUGCAUGAGAGAAUGUCUAACUAAAACUGUUCUUAUGUAGUUAUAUCCAGCACUAGAACAAUACAAUAAAAUGUGAUUACAUUUAUGUUUUUAAUGCUAAAUAUUGACUAAAUAUGAGCUACAUUGACUGUCUUAUGUUAGUAGCACAUAACAACAAAUCCUACCCUAAGAAAAUAGUCCAAUCUCUGUGACUAUUAUACAAAUAUAGAGAUGUAAACACUGGGCUGAGGAAUUAAUAAAUGUGUUCUAUGUAACAAUAGUAAUGCUAAAAUUCAGCAAGUGCCCUCCAUUAUAAGUGAAUUUUUCUCAGCACAAUGUGUCAAACAUCAAUUCUUAGACAAUUCUUGUCUAAGGUAUAUCACACGUGCUACAGAUGAGGUAAAUUAAGAUUAGGUUGGAAAACAAUGGUAUAUUCCUUUGGUGCUAUUAUAAGAGCAAGCUAGUUAAAAUAUGUAAAAAAGUUAGCCAGUAAGCUAGCUAAAACUGUAUUUGCAAUAAGUUUGUUGAAUUCCUCAUUAGUUUUAGGUUCAACGUGACACCGGUGAUAACGGUGAUUCCAGACUGUACUGCUGAUUAUGUAUGAAGUGUGGAUUGGUAUAAAGCAACUUUAUCAGUUUGUAGAACCUUCUUGUAUUUUGCUACUACACCAUCACUACUUCACAGUUACUCAUGUUUUCUUUUCUUUUAUUUAAUAAACUGGUCCGUUUUCGUCAGUUUGUUACUAUUAUUCACUUUUUGCACUGUUUGGUUUGUGCGUGUGCCGUGUGACGUUGGUCACCGCAAAUGUCCCCCUCAGGUUUGGGGAAAUGCAUCUGCUGUUGCUAAGCAGUGGAAAAAGCUGCCAAACUCCUAAGAAAGAAGUCCUGCUGAUUUGGGGUCAUCAGAGGAGAAUCCGCCCGAUGAAAAGGGCCGUGAUGCCACAGGGGGAAUUAUAGAGUCCUAAUACAGAGUGUCUAGGUCAGACUGUCUUAUUUCCUGCCAUGCUAAUAAGCCCAAGAAAAUGGAAAAGAGAUCCUGCACAGUACAGUGUGCUCACCUUGUUCUGUAGUCUGUGGUGUUAUGUAGUAUAAGUGAAUAAUAUAAAUAAACAUAUUAACAGCAAUAUUGGUGGGUAAUUUUUUCUUUGGGACAUUAAAUCGUGAGCUCUCCAGUUUUACACUCAAUGUUACUACAAAGCAGUUUUAAAUAAGGAAUGACAAGAUGGUGUCAUGCAGGGCGACCUGAAUUGGAGUUACUAUUACUGUUCUGUUCCUCUUACACCACAGCAAUUAGUGGACACUAAAAAAUUUUGUGGAAAAAAAAAACGACACACCGUGCUUUUUUUUUUUUUAACCAUUUACAGUUACAUUUAAUUUUGUAGAACGUCCCAGAAACAAGUUAGUUCCUGUUAUCGCUUACCUUACAACAACUAUAAAUAGUUAACACCCUCUGACCAAUCAGAAUUGAGAAUUGAUAGUGUAGAUUUAAAUAAAUGCCAUCUUAUAAUACACAAUGGACUGUUGAUUGAAAAGUAAUUGGCAAAAAUUAGUUAAUAAAAUGUAUAUUUGUGAUAAAUAAUUGUUUACAGUUUCUCACAACCUUAUCUGUAGCCAGAGAAUUUCCAUGAUAAUGCCGUGAAAAGAUUUGGAGCCAGACUUGUUGAUGUAGGAGACUAAAUGACAGAUUACCAUUGCAUUCAUAGCAAGAUGCUUUAAAUACUGUUAUUAUUACAUGCUUUUUAAGUGCUGUAAUAUGUCUGUACAAGCGUCCUUGGGUACCAUAAAAGGCACUUAUAAAUAAAUCGUUAUACUAUUAUGACCAUAUUCAGAAUUCAUAUAACAAUUUUGUUUCAAGUAUGAGCCGUUUUGCAGUUGCAGUUACUUUAUUGCAUCGUAGCAUCAGGUGCUCAUCUCCUGUAGGAGUGUUUUUUCUCAAAUCCAGCUCUACAGAACCACAGCUCAUAUGUUUUCCACUGUUUUAUCCUUUAGGAAAGGCUCAUUAAUUAGCUGAUUACUGAAAGCAGAUGUGCUGCAGCUGGGGAUUCAUUGAAAUGAGCUGGGUAGUGUUAUGCAGGAGCAGAUUUUUAAUACCUGAACCAAACCUGUUCAAAGAUUAAUGGACUUUCAUGCAUACCACCCUUCAUCGUGUUUCACUUCUAAGCUGUUUGUGUGUACGGCGUAUAGUACAAUAUAUACAUGUUUGUGUGUGUGUGUUUGCAUGUUUGUGUGCACACAUUUCCUUUUUAUUAUGAUGCCAAAUACCAAAAAUUUUGGUAUCCCAAUCCACUGUCUGUGGUUACUGUGGUAUGGUUUUUGGUAUCUUCUUGAAACUGGUACAAAUGGGACGUAAUAGUAAGUAGGAUUGGAUCUAGCAGCACUGCUUGUUUCUGAGUCACUUAAGGUACAUCGUACAAAGAGACAAACGCAACUGUGUGAUUCACUGGUGCUAAUUUUGUGUUUUUAAAUCACCAUCGUACAAAUUGAGUUGUGGUACUUCUCAACCUUCACAGAUGCUCAAGUCUAAAAAUAGUACCAAUACAAUCAUUUUAAUUCACAAAUUUAGCAUGAAUUAACAUGGUUUUAUAUCUUUGGUAAUUACAUGGUUUCAGUUACAUAGGAGUUUUUAGUUCUUUUAUAAAAACUUUACUAUCCUUUUGGCCAGAGUCUGUGGAAAUAAAAACAUUUUAAUUUCAUCAUGGUGCGUGUUUUUGUUCUGUCACCAUAGUUGACUAAAAGAUUAAAUCUUUUAUCAUAUAGCCUCACAUAUAAACUGGUAAUUAAUUGUCAUAUCAAAGAAAAAACAACAGCAAUCCAAGCAGCUUUUCAAAGUUAAAGCUAACAAUAGUGUGGAGAUAAUGUAGCUGUUGUCACUGGAACUUCUCUAGCCAUCACAAGUUGGUGGAAACUAGAACUAAAACCUUGAGUUGUGUUAGUUCCUGUUUAGCUGCGUGUUUUUCACUCUUCACUGAAAAAAAAAAACUCCUCUGCAGAUUCUCUCUGAGAAGUCUCCCUGGUCUAUGUAUAUAUGCGUCUAUCCCUCAGAGUAGAUAUGUGUGAGUGUCUCUCUCUUCCUGCAGAGGCCCCGCAGCUGCCUUUUCACAACAACAUAAAGUGUAUAAUUUGUCUGCGGAAGCCUGAACGUCUCGGAAAGCGGAGAGAGAGAGAGAGAGAGAGAGAGAGCGGAGGAGAAAGAGAAAGGAGGGGAAACGGUCCUCCGACAGCAAUCAUUUUUCCGUGCACAGUAAUUUUGCUGUCAGAAACAGCUGGCAGUGCGGGCCAGAACAAUGCAAGAGGAGAGGAUCGGAGCGAGGGAGCGUGGAAGGCGAGCAGAGGGAGGGAGAGAAGGAGAGGAGGGAGGGGAGCGGUGGUUGGCAGAGACCUGAGGGGGGAUCGGAUUUCAGACUCUGUCAUUAAGGCCAGACUGCGCCAUGCACACACAGCCACAGCUUCAAGUCUGAGCAGGACUCGCAAACUCUUAUCCUGGUCUGCGAUGGUCGAUGGCAUCAUGAUCCUCCUGCUUGUGGCCUUGAUGGUUUUACCAGCUGCCAGUGUGGAAGAUAAAGCGACGGUGAAUGACUUUGAGUGUGUGUGCGAGGGGCAGUCAUGCGGCAGCAACGGCCGCUGCUUUGGCCAGCAGUGCUUCUCUUCUGUCUCCAUCCGGAAUGGGACGACCCUGCGACAGAAGGGGUGCAUUGUGGGUACGGAGGAAGAGGCGGUACAGUGCGGAAGCUCCCCACUGGAUUCUGGCAUCAUGGUGCAGUGCUGCCAGGGUACACUGUGCAACAGCAACCUCACUGUGGAGUUGCCAAGCUCGGAUAAGGACUCCACACAGCAUGUAUGUGUGUGUGAGGGAGCGGAGUGUUCGAGUGGGGGGCAGUGUGUAGGAGAGCAAUGCUUCUCUUCCGUCACAGUCACCAACGGAAACCUGCAGCACCGUAAAGGCUGUUUCUCUGCCUCCCAGAGGGGCGGGGCUAACUGUGACACACCUAGCUCACCUGAUAGCAUCAUUAAAUGUUGCAAAGGCCACCUGUGUAAUGCCAACAUCACAGUGGAACCCCCAGCUAGAGACACAGAGACGAAACUGCUUCCAAAAGAGCACGAAUGUGUGUGUGAGGGCCGUUCUUGUGUGAGGGGUGAGCGGUGUAAGGGACAGCAGUGUUUCUCGUCUCUGACUGUGAGUGACGGAGUGCUGGUCCAUCAGAAGGGCUGCUUUACUGUGUACGAGCAGGGUCGCAUGACCUGCAAAACCCCGCCCUCACCUGACCAGAUUGUCGAGUGCUGCCAGGCUCACCUGUGUAAUAUGAACCUCAGCGUGGCUCUGCCUGUCCGAGUGGUAGAGGGCCCUAACUAUAGUGUAACAACAUUGGCCAUCGUAAUUGUGGCUCCAGUGAUUGUCCUCAUUAUCCUUUCAACGGUGGCCAUCUUGAUUUUCCGUCGAAUCCACCGUAACCACAUGGAGCGGCUUACAGCCCGCGAUGCUGAGUACGGCACCAUUGAUGGGCUCAUCGCAUCCAACGUUGGUGAAAGCACACUUGCGGAUCUGUUGGACCACUCAUGCACAUCAGGCAGCGGUUCUGGACUGCCUUUCUUGGUACAGAGAACAGUCGCCAGACAGAUUACACUGAACGAGUGUGUGGGGAAAGGGCGUUAUGGAGAGGUGUGGAGAGGUCAGUGGCAGGGUGAGAACGUAGCUGUGAAAAUCUUCUCCUCCCGAGACGAGAAGUCCUGGUUCCGUGAGACUGAGAUCUACAACACAGUGCUGCUGAGGCAUGAGAACAUUCUGGGUACGUCCACCUGUUCUGUUCAGCUGGCUGUAUUAGGAUUAAAUACAAUACGAAAUAAGAAUAUUAACGUUCAUAAUGUAAGAUUAAUACAAAUUUCUUUCUCUCUUCGUACAGGCUUUAUUGCAUCAGACAUGACGUCUCGUAACUCUAGCACUCAGCUAUGGCUGAUCACACAUUACCACGAGAUGGGCUCGCUGUACGACUAUCUGCAGCUGAGCACGCUGGAUGCCCCGGCCUGCCUGAGGAUGGCGCUGUCCAUCGCCAGCGGCCUGGCGCACCUGCAUGUAGAGAUCUUCGGCACACAGGGCAAGCCGGCCAUAGCUCACCGAGACCUGAAGAGCAAGAACAUCUUAGUGAAUAAGAAUGGCCAGUGUUGCAUCGCCGACCUCGGCCUGGCAGUGAUGCAUUACCAGGACACAAACGAGCUGGAUGUGGGGAAUAACCCUAAGGUGGGCACCAAACGCUACAUGGCCCCCGAGGUGCUGGAUGACUCCAUUCAGGUGGACUGCUUCGAGUCAUACAAACGAGUGGACAUCUGGGCUUUCGGCCUCGUGCUGUGGGAGAUCGCCAGACGCACAGUCAGCAAUGGUAUUGUAGAAGACUACAAACCUCCCUUCCAUGACGUAGUGCCUAGUGACCCCAGCUUCGAGGACAUGAAAAAGGUGGUGUGUAUAGACCAGCAAAGACCCAACAUCCCCAACAGAUGGUUCUCAGAUUCUACUUUAACAUCCAUCGCCAAACUCAUGAAAGAGUGUUGGUACCAGAACCCGUCGGCGAGGCUCACGGCUUUGCGCAUCAAAAAGACUCUGACAAAAAUCGAUAAUUCUUUGGACAAAAUUAAAGCGGACAUUUGAACUCUUUUCAUAUGGAAGAUCCUCAAAGGCCUUUAUAAUGUCCAGCGGACGACUCGUCUGGAGAUCCAGGAAAAAAACAAACACAAAAAAAGGGACCGCACGGGCACAGUGCUCUCUUAGAGGCACAAUGUAUUUAUUUUAAAACGUACAGUGGGACACAUUUUGGCAUCCAAAGAUGGCACAGAGGGCAUUUAAAAAGACUGCAGAUAUGUGACCUAGCUUUCACAGAGACUGUUAUUGUAGCAAGACCUGAAAAGGAGAAAGUCGCUUUAGAGCUCCAGUUUACUUCUAACGCAGCUUUGAUUUUUAGAACUGUCUGGAAAUGACGUCUUUCAUUUAGCAAUAUUGUCAAUGCUUCUUUUUGAUUAAUUGCACUGGCAGUCGCUGGCAUUCCUUACUUGCACUGUUACGGAAGAAUCUGGAGGGAAAACGAUGACAAUUUGCCAAAAAAGGCUGUAUUUUAUAUUCCACUAGCAUUGUAUCCUUAUCCAUUAUCAACCACAGAGAUAACGCAAGCAACUUUUAGUUUUACGUUACAGUCUUUUUUUGUUGUUUACUUUUGCACUGCCGUUUACAGUAUAAUGAUAAAAAAGAGCAUCUCUGCCUUCAUUUAUGUCAUUCGAGCUGUAAUUUAUUUAACGUUACGUUUUUGAACCGUACAAUAGCCACUCUGUUACUGUUUUGCCUGAGAUGUUUAACGUGUCACUGAUUUUUUGUAUUAUUGAGCAUUUAGCUAUUUUCCUUUUGUUUGUUUCAUAAGCUUUAUUGAGUAUAGAUGCUAAAGUAAAUAAAAAAAGAUUC